UAGAUUCCCUAGGCCUCCUCACUGACACCCACAUUCAGGGGGUCUUGAUCAGUCCCAUGCUGGAUUCCCAGGCGUGGAUGGGUUCUUGUGGAUGAGCAAACGGUCCCCUGCAGAGCCCAGAUUCCCUUACUGUAAGCUUUAGCCUUACAGUUACAGGGGCAAUGGUGAUGGUGAAAGCAAAUGAACCAACCCGGAAGGUUCCUCUCUUAAAGGAGAAAUGUCCUCUUUAAAGUUAGGGACACUCUUAAGACAGAAGGGUUUCAGAACGAACCUGUCAAGGGCUUGUUAAAGACCUGAGGUCUCAGCAGGUGGUCUCCAAUAAGAAGCACGUGUUGAAAGCCACACUGUGGAAAAAGUAUCUUCUCAGAAAUACUAGAUUCACUCCGAUCAUCCAACUGCCCACCUGGCAGAUGCUCUGUCCACAUGGGGCCAAGUGCUGUGGAAUAAAGACGAAACUCCUGAUGCCCAAGCAUCUUAAACCUAAUCAAGGAAAUGAGGUUCAUACCGACAAGUUGACAGGUUUCUCUGUGCAGCCCUGGCUGUCCUGAAACUUGCUCAGUAGACCAGGCUGGCCUCAGAGAUCUGCCUGCCUCUGCCUCCCAAGUGCUGGGAUUAAAGGCCUGCACUACCCUGCCUGGCUCAUGCUGACAUAUUUCUUAUUCACUGUUAUUCAUUUAUUUACUUUAUUAUUUACUGCUUUACAUCUUUACCGACACAUUAACUCAUAAAUUAGGCUCCUCCAAACAUUGGGAUUUCUUUCAUUUCGAACAGAAUGUAUUCUUAGGUAUUGUAGAGUUUGGUAGAAGGUGAUCAAUGAGGACUGGAUUGAGUCAGGAAGGCCAGAAGGUUCCAGGAGAUCUGAUGAAGCAGACCUUAGAAGAAGAAGGGCUUAGGUGAGGACCAAGGUGCACGGAAAUAAAGGUAAAGGCUCCUUCAAAACAGAAGCAGCGUCUAAGACGAGCUGAGUGAAUGGGUCUUAUUUCCUUUCAAGACUCUGGGGAAACAAACUUGGCUAAAGCAUGCAAUCUGAAGAUCUGGGAGGAAUGUGGUCGGAUGGAAAAGGUAGAGUUGGGUCCUAGGGUAUCUCAAAACCAAAUUAGGUGCACUAACGUGGGCUCUUCAGAUUGUGUAUGGGGAAAGUCUCACAAAGGAAACUGGAGGGUCAUUUUGUAGGAUUAUAUAAGUCACCAUAGAAAAAAUUAAAUACAUUACUUCAGGAUCAGCUGGCGACCUUUAGUUAUGAAUUCCUUCAUCUCUGGACCUAGGAAUGUCCAGAUGCAAUGAGACCCAAAGCAAGUGUGUUAAUGAGGCUGAGGAGAGUAAAAAUGAGAGACUACAGUCAAAGCCCUGGGAGAUAGCAAGAAUGGUUUGUCCAGGAGACCAUCCACAGUGAGCAGACGGGGUCUCAGACAAAGAAAGAGCAGAGAAAAUGGAUUUCCCCUAAUCUCACAGUUUUAUCCACUGUCAGCUAUUUGAAGACCUGGGGUGGGUAAAAUUGCCCUUCCGUAUAAAGUCAAGGUACUUUGUUAAAUGGGAGCCCUACAGAAUUUUAGAGUUAAAACCAGGGUUUGGGAGAAGCCCCUGAAAUAGGGAGCAAGCAUCCUCCCCGUAGCUUCCUAAGCACAUUAGGAGACAGUCGAUUUCCCUAAAGUCACAGCUCUCUGGGCCAAGGCAUCUGGGUCAGCAGUAAACGAGGAAUAAUUGCUCUCACCAAAGGGUUCCAUGCAGAAAAGUUGCCGUGAAACUGGACUAGGUGUGUCCUUCUGUCCUUCCGGUUCCUUUUAUAGACACUUCUGGAACCUGAGUGAGGGCCUGUAGGUCUUCCGCCCAUUUGAGGAGAGAUUAAAGCACCCGAAGCUGCCUCCUCCUUACUCACUUGCAGUCACAGCUUCACCACCACUGCAGCCUCGUGGGCUUCCUGAGGAGACACAGAGGAGGAGACCAGACAUCUGUUCUUGUGAGGUCUACCUUUAAGUCACCAUGUAUGAGGACUGCGUGAAGUCCACAGAAGACUAUUACUUCUUCUGUGACAAUGAGGGGCCAUGGGGCAUUGUUCUGGAGUCGUUGGCGGUGAUUGGCAUCGUGGUUACCAUACUGCUGCUUCUAGCAUUUCUCUUCCUCAUGCGGAAGGUGCAGGACUGCAGCCAGUGGAACGUGCUUCCCACCCAGUUCCUCUUCCUGCUGAGUGUGCUAGGGCUUUUCGGGCUGGCUUUUGCCUUCAUCAUCCAGCUCAACCAACGGACCGCUCCCGUUCGCUACUUCCUCUUUGGGGUUCUCUUUGCUAUCUGCUUCUCCUGCCUCUUGGCUCAUGCCGCCAACCUGGUGAAGCUGGUCCGGGGUAGAGUCUCCUUCUGCUGGACCACAAUUCUGUUCAUAGCUAUUGGUGUCAGCCUGUUGCAGAUCAUCGUUGCGAUAGAGUAUGUGACCCUCAUCAUGACGAGAGGUUUGAUGUUCGUGCACAUGACACCCUAUCAGCUCAAUGUGGACUUUGUCUGUCUCCUCAUCUAUGUCCUCUUUCUCAUGGCCCUCACGUUCUUUGUCUCCAAGGCCACCUUCUGUGGCCCCUGUGAGAACUGGAAGCAGCAUGGAAGGCUCAUCUUUGCCACUGUGCUGGUCUCUAUCAUCAUCUGGGUGGUGUGGAUCUCCAUGCUCAUGAGGGGCAACCCUCAGCUCCAGCAGCAGCCUCAGUGGGACGACGCCGUCAUCUGCAUUGGCCUGGUCACCAAUGCGUGGGUUUUCCUGCUGCUCUACAUCAUCCCCGAGCUGAGCAUCCUCUACAGAUCAUGCAGGCAGGAGUGUCCUCCGCAAGGCAAUGCCUGCCAGGUGCCGGUCUACCAACGCAGCUUCAGGAUGGAGAACCAGGAACUCUCCAGAGACUGCUGAUCCCAGCCAGGAGUAUCUCAUCCCACAAGCUACACUAAGCCCACAGCAAGAUGCAGGGUUAUAGAGCUCCCAGAAACAGAAGGAGGACAAUCUGGAAGGAUGCACCCUGCUCCACACAACCCUAGCAGACCCAGGAGAACUCACAGGACACGCUGUCCAUGCGGCCUCCGCCCUGUCCUUCCUCUCUGUUCCCCUGCCACUCUUCUGGGCCCGUCCCCUGAAGACCUCCCUGCCCUGCACAAUUACAGUCUUGUUGUCACCCUA